GAGCUGAGCUCCCGGCGACGGCGCGGUCACGUGGUCCGGGCUGUCGGCGGCUGCGCACUGGGCUGAGUGCGGAGGGGGCUGUGGAGCCAAGAUGGAGCUUUCGGCGGUGGGAGAGCGAGUGUUCGCGGCCGAGUCGAUCAUCAAGCGGCGGGUCCGGAAGGGCCGUAUCGAGUAUCUGGUGAAGUGGAAAGGAUGGGCUAUCAAAUACAGCACUUGGGAACCGGAGGAGAACAUCUUGGAUGCCCGUUUGAUCGCGGCUUUCGAGCAAAGGGAGAGAGAGAGGGAGCUGUAUGGGCCAAAGAAGCGAGGCCCCAAACCCAAAACCUUCCUGUUGAAAGUGAGUGUUUCAUAUUGAACAAAAACAAAAAUCAAAAUAACUCUGUUUUUUGGGUGUGCUUCCUCACAACAAGGUGACGUAAGAAAACGUUCCUUUUUA